AAAAAAAAAAAAACUUAUAUUAAAAAAAGUUCAAGAAAAAAAAAAAAAAAAAUACAGGAACACUGAAUAAAAUUUCUAAUAAUAUAUCUCAUAACAACAUAAAACUAUAAAAAAAUGUCUUAACUAAUUAAUAACUUUCAAUAAAAUAAUAAAAAUAUCGAAAAAAAUUAAGAUGAUAAUAAUUUAUAAAAUUAAGAAAGAAAAAAUUGUUAAAUGUAUAUUGAUAAUAAUAGAUAAAAUUAAGAAAGAAAAUAUUGUUAAAUGAAAGGUUCUUUUAUGAUCACUAUAGGAAGAGAUUUACAAACAAUUAAAUCAGAACCAUAAGUUGUUGAAUAAUAAAUUGAAGACGAAGUACUUCUGACUUUAUUAAAAUUAGAUGAAAAAAAUAUAAUCAUAUAUGACAUAGCCUCUGUUAUAAAUUGGGGAGAUUUUUCUAAGGAAAAACCUUUGUAAACAUUCAAGUGUUUAUAUGACACUGAUAAUAAGAACUUCUAUGUCGAACUUUCUGAAAAAAGUCCAAUGGAACACCUUACUAAAAGUACUUUUCUUAAAAUUCUUGAUAUUGCUGAAUAAAUGGGUGCCUAAAAUGUUUUAACAUGUUUAAAUAAUAAGAUUUCUGAUAUUAACACUAGAAUAUAGAUCUUAAUGUUUGUAGGUUUUAGAAAAAUUAUUGGUGAAGAACUCAAAUCUAUUUCUAAAACUCGUACGCAUACUAUAUUAUGUUAUGAUCUUUAAAAUGAAUGAUUUUUAUAAACU